AUGAUUGAACUCACGGCUAACUUUGGAACCAAAGAGCCAGCCUGCACCACGCGGCGAAACCGCCCAAGUGUCAAUAUUAUCAGGAUCAGACCAAACCAAGUCACAAAAACCACCUUCGUGCGGAACUUCCUGUGCUCUACUCAAGACACGAAUCUGGUCGAGCAUGCGGAUUUCGGGAGACAAACCUCCGUGUACACACAAGAUCUUCCCGUCGAUGAUAGCCGCAAGCGUCAAGAAAUCAAACACCUGGCAGCAAUACUUCCAAACCGUCGUCAGGCCGUAUUUGGUCAAGCAUUCAUCAUAAAAACCGUAGACCUGGGUGAUUUGCCGCAGCUCAUGGUUACCCCGCACCAACGUUAUACGGUUUGGGUACUUGACUUUGAGCACCAUGAGAAGCGUGAAUGUCUCCAAAGAAAAGUAUCCACGGUCCACGUAAUCGCCCAAAAAAAUGUAGUUAGUAGCGUUGUCGUCGCUAGGCAAGCCACCGGAAACUUUGAAGAGCUCCAACAAGUCGUGGAACUGGCCGUGUAUAUCGCCACAGACAGUAACGGGCGAUUGUACAGGCUGGAUGUUGGAAUCUUCCAUCAAAAGCUCUUUCACAAGCUCGCAGAGCUGUUUCAUGUCGGACUCAGAGAGCGACAGACAUUUUUUGAUCUGGUCCAACCACUGGUCGGGACCGCGUUCUCCCAUAGUAAGUUCGGACUGAAAAGGGGAGUAUAUGAUUUCUUUUGGUGUAUGGACGGAAAACCGGUGCAAGAGAAGAAGCUAGCCAAAGAUUACACAAUGCAGAUAGUAUGGACUGGCGGUGAGACUUGGGCGGCGCACGCACGCACCGUUUUUCGUUUCUCUCUUUCCAUCUUUUCUCACACACAUCUUUACCGGAAUCACCAUGUUGCGGCUUCUCCAGAAAAGGCUGUUUUCUUCACCGGCGGCAUUAUGUUUCUCCCUGUCGCCCAUGUCCGCUUUUUCGCGCUCGCUAGCUGCGGGCAAAGUGCUUCCGUCAAGCCCAGAAAUGAAAACUCCAGCAUGGGCCGAGUCUGA